UGGCACCUGAGCUGCUGGAUCAAACUGAUUAUUGAUCGAUCAUCGGUGACUGAUUAGCUGAAGAAGAUGAAGUGUGUUCACAGCUGAGGGACUGGCACCUGAGCUGCUGGAUCAAACUGUGGAUUUUUAUCUUCAGAUCACCUGCAGCACCGUUCCUGCUGACGUCAUCAGGUGUCGUGCUCCUCCGUGACGACCAUGUGUGAAGUCCGCCGGCUGUAACGGCAGGUUGUGGGUGUGGCAGUGAGGGACGGCGGCCUGGAGGGGGCGAUGGCCGCCGCCUACAACAGCCGGGACAUCGUGGAGGAUUACCUCCGCUACAAGCUGCACAGCACCGGCGUGUCCUGGCGCGUCCCGCCGCCGGCCCGGACGGGCGGUCGGCGCAGACACCGCGCUGUUGCGGCGCCUCCAUCUUUGUCAGGGAGAUCUGAGGGGGCGAUGACGUCACACCAAGAUCCCUGCUUGGCGCCGCCCCAGCUGCAGACCGUCUUGAGGUGGGCAGGAGAUGAGUUUGAGCGCCGUUACCGUGGCGACCUGUCGGCCCAGGUGUCGGCACUGCUGCUGUGCGACGGCAGUGGGUCGGUGCGGCGGCGAGGCCUGGCGGCAGUCAGGGAUGAACUGUUCAAGGAUGGGGUGAACUGGGGACGUAUCGUGGCCAUGAUGGAGCUGGGUGGGGCUCUGUGCAAAGAGGUGGUCAAGACGGGCGGGGCGCGGCAGGUGGACGACAUUGCUGGGUGGAUGGAGGAGAGUCUGGACUCACCGCCGCUCCGGAGAUGGAUAGACGACCACGGAGGAUGGGAUGCCUUUGUGGAGCUGUACGGUGAGUCCAGACCUCCAGUGAGCUCCUGGUCUCUGAGGACAGUGGUGGGACUGGCUGUACUGGGAGCAGUUGGGGUCACACUGGGAGCCCUGUUUGCCCAGAGAUGAAGUCGGUCUGAUCCGGUCCAGAUCAGAGUGUUGGAGCUGCAGUUCCUCUGACGUCCACCAGGUGCUGCUGUGAUCAAGCUCAGACUGUGCUGAAGUGAACAGAAAACACUGCUGAGCUUCACUGUCACGAAGACAGAGGAUUUUCAAAAUAAAAAUUCCAUUUAGGAAAUGUUUGGCUUCACAGUCAGCGCUCGCUCAUGUCCUGUCAGCUGACGGAGUGAGGUCACAAGUCAAAGACACGACGAUUAUAAUGACUACAUGUCAUAGCUCCUGUUGACGGGGUGUGCCACAGUAACGGCUGUUGUUUACUUUAAAGUUUCAAAACAACAGCAUUCAGUCUGUCAGUGAUGAGGACAAAGACACCGUCAGCUGUGGACAACCUUCAUCGCCUCUUCAUCCGUGUAAAUCAGACCAAGCAGGAGCUGUUCCUCUCUUCUGACAGGCUAACAGCUUCCAUCUGCUUUCAGUCUUUGUGCUAAGCUAGGCUAAACGUGCCAGGAAAUGAUGAAACAAAGCUUUAGAGGAGGAUCUACGACGACUCAGGACUGACGACACAUCAGCAGCUUUUCUUUCCUGCUGUUUCCAUUGACGGCUUUGACCCCAUAAAACCUGAGCUCCUGCGAGGCUGCCAGGAGUGCACGGCCCCGUUUACAUCGAUCUAAAAUAACACCCAUAAGAAGAAGAAGGUCUUUUAGCAGCAGAAUACUGACGGCUGCUGGAAACUGUCGGGAAGCUGUCCAACUUCACUGCAGUGUUUUAUCACCUUCCAGGCGCAGUUCAUCUCCAACGAGCGUCUUCUUUGGCUGAAUCCAAAUGUCUGGACUUCACCGCGCUCACAGACUCGUAGACUUGGUGGGCGCGUUCCCGGGAAGUCUGGGAGUGCUGAGGGCCGACUAAAUUCACAAGGGGGGCCUCAGGUGGACUUUCUGCAGACUUCAGCAGAAUUCACUGAUUUAAUUGCCCACAGUUCAUUGCAAUAUGCAAUAUGGACGUGACGUAGUAGUUUUUUUGGGGGGGUUUUCCAAUAGCCAGCUAAAAAGCGUUUGUAACAGAGUUACUGCAGCCUGUUAAAACCGUGGUACAGUAAUGUAGCCACACAGGCUGCGCAGUGUCAGGUGACAUCACAGCAGAAGGUGAGCUGCUGAUGUCACUAACAGGCCGACACACAGCUCGUCCUCAUUUAUUUUGUUCACUCACAGAACAGCCAUAAACAUGAGACUGCCUUCAUCUGCAGGGACAGAUGAGCAGACACAAUAUGACAGCAGUUAUGAGGAUUGUAAUCCUUACUUCAACGUUUCCAUGGCAACUAGGGCUGCAGCUAUCGAUUCUUUUAGUGUUCUAUCAAUUAUUGUGGUGAUUAAUCGGAGAAGAGAUACUGCGUGAUCUCAUGACAUGACUUGAGCUUCAUUAAAGGACAACAGUCAUUUUUAACAAAGACAAUAAAAGUCUCUGAAAUGAGCAACACGUUUGUUUCUCUUUUUGAAAGUCAGAGCAGUAAACUCUCACGCUGUCACAAAUAACCAGUGUGGGCAGCAGCGUUACCACAAGUAGCGACGUUACGAAUGUCACAGCAUUCUCAGGAGCGUAGUGGUGACAUCACUACUGCCUGAGUCAAAUAGCUGUUCAGUAGUGACGUUAAUUAACUGACGGAGUAGCGCAGCAGCGUCUAGAAAAGUUAGAAACUCUUUUUCCCAGAAGAAACUCUGUUUUACUGCCGAGGUCUGGAUAAAAGUCAGGAUCAUAAAACUGAGGAGAGGUCAUGUGACUGACGCCAGCAGCACCACGCCGAGGCAUGUAGGCGAUAGAGCUGCCACCCGUCCCGUAUAAUGCAGGGUGGUCCCAUAUUGUCCCUGACUGAGUCAACACAGGACACAGUUUGUCCCGUGUUUCUGUGCACACAGCACUCUGCUGCAGACACUGUGCUUCACAUGUUGGGAACGACAUGAGAAAUAUCAAACCAAGAGGAGACAGGUCUGUCACUCACAUGAUGAGAGGAACACAUAGUGAACUUUCUAUAAUCAUUAAGGAAGAGCAGAGAACCUUUGAUGCACUAAGCUGACCUCAGAUCAGAUGCAGUUUAUAGGGUCUCUUUGAUGAGACUGUAUGUGGAUGUGACUGUAUGUGGAUGAGACUGUAUGUGGAUGAGACUGUAUGUGGAUGAGACUGUAUGUGGAUGAGACUGUAUGUGGAUGAGACUGUAUGUGGAUGAGACUGUAUGUGGAUGAGACUGUAUGUGGAUGAGACUGUAUGUGGAUGUGACUGUAUGUGGAUGUGACUGUAUGUGGAUGAGACUGUAUGUGGAUGAGACUGUAUGUGGAUGAGACUGUAUGUGGAUGAGACUGUAUGUGGAUGUGACUGUAUGUGGAUGUGACUGUAUGUGGAUGAGACUGUAUGUGGAUGUGACUGUAUGUGGAUGUGACUGUAUGUGGAUGUGACUGUAUGUGGAUGGGGUUGUAGCUGCACAGACAGAGCAACACAAAGCCUCCGAGUGUCUGCAGAGAGUUUCCUCACAGGAACACAAACCAUGUGACUUCCACUCACCACUUUCACAAUAAAACUAAUCAGACUCCAGGUAACAGGAAGACUGUUCAGGUCACAACUUUCAAAAUAAAAGCACAGCCUCAGGCCUUUCCCAGAGCGGACCCUCCCCACUCUGUCUGUUUGAAGCUCUCGUCAUCACGGCGGAGGGAGUGACUCCAGCAGCGAGCUUCAGGACGAACUCUCUGCAGCAGGAACAGGAACGGUCACAACUUGUCAGAAGCACAUAAAACAUCUUCAUAUCAACGUGGAUCGCUUCUGUUUGAUGUUGUUUACCUGACUGUUUUUGUCAUCAAAAUAAGUAAUAAAUAAAUCUAUGAA